AUACUAGUAGAACCUGGCUGCCGGGCGACGUCCUUCGCAUCGUCGCAGGAUUCCUCUCUUCCCGCGACGUGGGAAGCCUGAGCCUGGUAAACCGCGAGGCUGCACACGCUCUGAAACAUAUGCACAAGACAUGCGAUCUAUCCAGGCAGCCCGGCCGCACCGAGCGCGGCAUCCCAGCGUGUGUGCAGCUAGCAGUCCGGCCCUGGCCCGCUCGCGCCUUCCUCGCCACCUGGGGCCGGGCCGAGCCCUGGCGCUCCCGGAACCUGCGCGAGCGACGGCGACUGCUGGCGCUCUCAGCUGCUUCAGGAGACGCGGCCAGCCUCGAGGCAGCGUUGUCGCAUUCGGGAUGCUCCAUCACGCCCGACAUCUUAGCAUCCGCGGCCGCGGCGGGCGAGUGUGCGGCCUGCGAGCGGCUACUCCUGAUUGAAGCGUGUGAUGUCAACCUCGACGUCGCGAUUGCGGCGGCAGCUACGGGUCAGCUCGCAGUCCUUCAAUUACUUUGGGCCGCCUGCGGCCCGCCGCUCGUGACCGCCGCCGCCCAGGGCGUUUUCCACCUUCGCCUAGCCGCCGCCGGCGGCGGCCACGCCCACGUUCUCUCCUGGCUGGAAUCUUCCCAGGCCUUUAAAGACCUGCCCAAACGUUCUAGCACCGCCAGUCUGGCUACUACUGGAUUCAUGAGCCGAGCCUUGGGCCGCCUGCUGCUGCCUGGCGGCGGCGGCGCAACGGUGCCGCCGCCGCGGCCGUCGGCAGCGUGUUUCGCCUACAUGGCGGCGGCGGCGGGCGCCGGCGGCCACGUGGCCUUGUUGGAAUGUCUGAUGGCUCCGCCGCCGCCGGCACCGCCGCCGUCGCCGCCAUCCUCAUCGGCAGCGGUGGGCCCGCCGCCAGUGGCAGUAGCGGCGGCGCAGCGGUGGCGGCGGGCGGCCGCAGGCCCGGCGCCGGCGCCGCCGGCGGCAGCGGAAUGGACGCGGCGCCGGGAUCUGGCGGUUACAGUGCUGGCGGGCGCGGCGGCGGGCUGCGGCCUGGCUGACCUGCAGCGCCUGUUCCGCCGCCUCUACUACCCGCCGGACGCACACGCCGCUGCCGCCGCCGGUGACGAUGGGAACGGCGGCGAACACGACCCCGAAUGUGCUGGUGGUGCGGUGGGGGACCGCAGCACCAGCAGCAGCAGCCGCAGCAGCAGCUGCAGCAGGCGCAGGCACCAUUUCGACUACCCGGCCUGCCUUGCCGGCUUGGCCACCGGUGGGGCCGCCGUCACGGGUGCCAAUGGUGCCGCGGGUGCUGCUGCUACUGCUGCUACUACUGCUGCUGCUACUGCUGCCCCUGGCCUGCUGGCAACAGCACCAGAAGCGGCGACAGAUGCAGUGGCGGCGCCUGCCGCGGCCAUCGGCGGGCGGGCCAUCAUGGGUAUCGCAGCAGCAAUGGGGACCGCCGCGGCCGCGGCGGCUGCUCCCCGCCUGGCGGCGACGUCAGAAACGGCGGCAGCUGGCGACAUGGCAGCUGCUGUGGGCGUGGCAGCGGGUGGUGGUGCCGCGGUGGCGGUGGCGGUGGCGGGGCCAGCGGGGCUGUGGCCGGAGGUGGCGGGGCCGGAGGUGGCGGAGCGGGGUUGGUGCCACUGGCCCGUCGUGCUGAUGGCGGCGGCGGGCGGCAGUACGGCAGACUGGUAUGACAAGAUCACAUGGAUUGUACGGCAGGUAUUGCAGCCCAGCGGUCUGUGGCGGGCGCUGGGCGGCGGCGGCGGCGGCGGUGGCGGUGGCGGCAAAGGGGUAGGAGGAGGACGAGAUCGCGGCGGCGGCGGUGGUGACGUCAAUGGCAGCGCCGCCGCGGAUGUUUGGGGGCGGCUGGAGAUCUCGGAUGUGCGGCUGUGGCAGUGGGUUAUGCGGCGGCGGGACUGCGUGCAGAGGCUGCAGGCGCUGGCGGCGUUUGGCGUGGUGUCGGGCGGCGCGGCGGCGGCGGAGGCGGCGGCGGCGGAGGGGCAGGCAGACGCGCUUACCUGGCUACGACUACUGCCGGAGCAGCGGCCGCCGCCGUUGUACGACACACCAGCACACGCCGCCUCAGUUGUAGCGGUCAACGAUUAUGGGAAGGCGGCAAAGCGCGGCCUGUGUGCGGCGGCAUUUGCAGCAGUGGCGACGUCAGAGGCGGCGAUGGAGGAGGUAGCGGAGGAGGAGGAGGAGGAGGAGGAGGAGGAGGAGGAGGGGGCGGUGGCGCCUCCCCGCAGCAGUAGUAACAGUGCCCACAGCAGUAGCAGCAGUAGCGGUGGCAGUAGCAGCGGCGGCGGCGUGCUCACCGCGGCUGUAGCAGAGGCGGCGCUGGCGGCGGGACACGUGCCCGUGCUCCAUCUGCUUGCAGCCUCCCUUGGCGGCGGCAGCGGUGCCGCCACCGCCGCCACCGCCGCCACCGCCGCCGCCGCCACCGCCGCCGCCGCCACCGCCACCGCCGCCGCCGCCGCCGCCGCCGCCGCCACCGCCGCCACCAUCACCGCCGCCGCGUUCUCUCGGCAGGCACUCCUAGCCAACGCGACGGCGGCGGCGCCGCCGCAGCCGGCUGCAGUGAUUGCGGCACACACACACGAAGGGCCGUACCAUUACGGUUGGGAUUACAGCUACAGCUGCUGCCACUGGAGCCAGGGUGUGGCGGCGGCGGACGCGGCGGCGGCGCGGAAUGAAGGGCUGCGGUGGGCGGCGGAGAACGUGCGGUGGCUGUGGCUGCGAGGCGAGCCGCCCGCGUGGCCUUUGGGGUGCCUGAGGCCCUUGGUGUCCCGGAGGCCCUUGGGAGAUGAGGGCGCCGAAUGGUCGCGGCGCGGGGAACUCGAAGAGCUGCAGGCUGUAGCAGCUGCAGCCGGCGUCAGCCCCGGCAUUGCGGCGAGCAUGGCGGCGGCGGCGUGGCGGGUGGCGGCGGCGGCGGCGGCGCGCCGCGGUGCGGACCUGCCGCUGCUACAGCUGCUGCUGUGCCGCGCUGGCGGCGGUGUGGCCGUUGGGCUGCUGCGCGCGAUUGCGGCGGGCGGCAGUGAGGAGCAGGCGGCGUGGGCGGCGGCGGAGGUGGAGGCAGGUGGCGGCGGCCGCGCGAUGCGGCUUUUUCGUGCGGUGUUCACCGAAGAGGAGAUCUGGAUCCUCCUCACAGGCGCUGCCCGCCGCGCCGCCACCAGCGGUCCCCUGCAACGCCAGGCUUCCCCCGCUCCUGCUCCUGCUGAAAACGCCUGCGGCGGCGGCGGCGGCGGCAAUUAUGCCGUGCUCAACUGGAUCCUGGCGAAUGGCCUGGUGGAGGAGAGCCUGGCGUGCCGGAUCCAAUCGGAUCCAGGCUGGGUGGCGGCGGCGAUGGUGCGGUGGCGUGGCGGCGGCGGCCGCGGCAGCAGCAGCCGAGGCCAUGGGACGGGGCGUGUGCCCAACGCGUUUGCGGCGCUGCGCUGGCAGCUGCAGCUGCAGCGGCAACAAGGAGCAGCAGUAGCAGCGGGAUCAGCAGUAGUGUCGACAGCUGGGGCCGUAGCAGCGGCAGUAGCACGAGCGGGACCGGUAGCGGCAUGCGCAGGGGGAGCAACCACGGCUGCAACAGCAGCCAGUGCCGGUGCCAGUGCCAGUGCCAGUGCCAGUGCCAGUGCCAGUGCCAGUGCCAGUGCCAGUGCCAGUGCCAGUGCCAGUGCCAGUGCCAGUGCCAGCCACAGGGCAGCUGCCGAGCUGGCAACAGCAGCGCCAGAGCCGGCCAUGUCAUACGCGGAGUUUGUGGCGGCGGUGUGGCGGCGGCGGCGCCAGAUGCCCUGGCUCAGCCCGCAGCAGUUGACGUGGCUGCAGCGACAGGCGGCGGCACCGCACGCGCCAACCCACUCGGCGGUGUGUGGGCAGCUAGGGAGCGCUGACGGCGUGUGUGAGGGAGCAGAGGUGGAGGCGGAGGCGGGCAAUGCGGAUGUGGAUGUGGGUGCGUGUCGGGGUGCGGGUGCGGCUGCGGCUGCUGGUACAGGGCUUGGUGGCGCCGCCGCGGGGUUGAGGGAGGAGGCCGAGCGGGCAGGCGCGAGUGGAGAGGCUGCGGGGCUGGGGCGCGGGGGUUGUUGCACCGUGUGCUGAAACACUGGGACUGCGGCAAGCUUGGCGAGAAGACACGCACGGAUUUAACUUUAUUCCAGGUGUCUCAAGGAGUUUGAACCAAUGCGAUCGCACACAGAACGAUGGAAGCGCUCUCGGCCGGCGUGUCAGCCGGGGCUUGCAUCUUCGGGGAGGGGUAAGAAGCUGCUCCCAGUGUAGGCCCAGUGGAAGCUGCAUGCGGCCCCUGAAAUGCGUGUCGGCGACGGAGUGCGGCGCUGAAUUCCUAGAAAGCAAGCAAGAGCAGAGGGCGGUGAGAGCAUAGUCCCGAGCACGAUGGCUAUAAUGACA